AUGUCUGUCUCCGACGUCUCCUCUCAAGCCUUGGUUGUAGCACCGCCGUCCUCGUCUUCCCCGUCUCCACGCGAAUCCUCCUUCCGAACAGAUCAACCCGCGCAGACUCCUACAAGACAGCCUGCUGCUACUGGAACAGAAACUCCCGACUUCGCGCCAUCUUCGUCUGUCAAGACAGAAGUGUCAAAUCCCGACUCAGAGCGUCACCCAAAGGGAAAGAGGAAGAGAACUGCUGCCAAAGACAAGUCGAUACUUGAGGCUGCCUAUGUUGCGAACCCGAAACCAGACAAGGCAGCGCGCCUAGACAUCGUGAAGCGCGUUUCUCUCAACGAAAAGGAGGUUCAGAAUGACAGGCGCAAAUCGCGGCCCCUCUCCGCCCAGGAGAUUGCUGCUCUUCGCUACGGUGGCAUGCAGAUACUCUCUUCGGAUCCAGUAGCCUACACCUCUUCCCUGCCGGAAGAAAAGACAUCGCCAGUGGUGGAGACGGCACCCGUCAACGCUGUCAUGCCUGCGGAGACUCCGGUCAAGGCUAUACGCCUGCGAGGAGACGAGACCGAUGAGCAGCCUCAACAGGCAACACCGUCCAUUCUAAGUGGCGGUCCUGAGGCGACGGCCUCAGAGACGCCAUUAUCCCAAGUCACAGCGUCCUCGUCUCAGCCUCACUCAACAGGCUCAUUUUCCUUUUCAAACUCUGUUGGGUUCUUCACAUCAUCUCAUUGGAACCCAUCAAGUGCUUUUUCAACCCCUUCAACGCUCAACCGCAGCGUUGACGAGACCCCCAACGCCCUCCCUAGCGUGACUCUACCACCCAUAACGGCCCUCACUGACUCGCUGCCACCGGCGCUGGGACGAGGCAGAUCUCGUGACGCUCAUGCGUGGGAGCUGUGCUGUGACGCUGAUUCUCGUGACGAGCUCACGACGCAAGCUGAAGACGAGUCUAAUGGCUCUGCUGUCGCUGCCAUCAGCCUCCUCCGCUCAACCAGCGGCGUUCUUCAGAACAACAGCUCCAAACGGAACUGCCCUGCAAGUAGGCCGGCUUCUCGACCUCAACAGGCUAAGAAGCCCAAGCUUUGUCGCACAUCUUCAAGCAUGGCUAGAAUGCAAACAGCACUCGCGGAUGACGAGGAGUCCGUAUCUCAACCAAGUGAAGAAAAAAGCCUGGGUGACAAGGUCAAGGUGGAUAUGCUGAUAUCUCCAUCGGGUGAUUCUGAUAAGGAGAAUUGGGGACCAGAGGACGAAGGCAACAUGCGUCGGUUGCCGCCAAUCAAUGAUCGAAGACCCUUGCCGGCUAUUAUUGACGCCAAAAACAAUGCGAGACGAACAGGGCGUACCUUACAGGACCAUCCUGGGCCUGCCAUAUUUAGCAGUAGCCGCGCCAGAACCAUGCCUGCUAUGGGGCGCCGAGGAUCCGGAAAAUAUGUCACAAUUUUCGAGGAUGGGCAGAGCUCAAGCUCACCUACGCCAAAGGGCGCGGACGAGGUGGAGAGUUUCAUGCGUGGCGCCGAUGUGAGCCCGAGCAAGAAGGGCGACAUGGAUUGCAUUGCAGGUCUGUUGUCUCUCAGCCAAGGUGCCUGGAGGUAG